CAAUGGAGGAGCUGGUGUGUGAGCUUCGUCUGUUUCUGGACCUGCUGGACAGAGAAUAUCUGAGUGCUGGGGUCCGAGAGAAGAAGAUACACCUCUCCAAUAUUCUGCACAGAGUACUGUCCGACAAAGAGCCUUCAUUCAAGUCAGAGAUACACAGCGGACUGCCUGCUCCACCUCAGAUGCCACUUCCAGAGAUCCCUCACCCCUGGAUGACUCCAAAUAACGGGCCCCCUCCCCUGCCCAGCUCAUCUCUUCCAGAAGGCUACUAUGAGGAAGCGGUUCCUUUAGGUCCUGGAAAGGCUCCAGAAUACAUCACCUCCAACUAUGACUCGGAUGCCAUGAGCAGUUCCUAUGAGUCGUACGAUGAGGAAGAGGAGGAUGGGAAGAGCCAGAAGAUGCGUCACCAGUGGCCCUCUGAGGAAGCGUCCAUGGACCUCGUGAAGGACGCCCGGAUUUGUGCAUUCCUGCUGCGCAAGAAGCGCUUCGGCCAGUGGACCAAACUCCUAUGUGUCAUCAAAGACAACAAACUGCUGUGUUACAAAUCCUCCAAAGACCACACUCCCCAAAUGGAGCUGAACCUGUCAGUGUGCAGCAUCACACACAUCCCUAAAGAUGGCAAGAAAAAGAAGCACGAACUAAAGAUUGUCCACCAAGGUGCAGACGCCCUGGUGCUGGCUGUGCAGAGCAAAGAACAGGCCGAGGAGUGGCUUAAGGUGAUGAGAGAGGUGUGUGUUAAUGGGAGCAUAGAUUUGGAUGGAGUUGGAUCUGGAUCUCCAGUGCAUAAACCUGAACUGGAAAAGAAGACAUCGUGUGACAGGCCAAGCUCAGAUGGGGAAGCAACCCAUGAGAACGGUCACAGCGACUGCAAGGACCAAGGAAAAGGAAAGAAAAAUACAAAGUCGGAGCAGAAGACUGCCACUGUGGGGAAGGGAGCAAGUAAGAAAAUCACUAAGAUCAUUGGACUUGGAAAGAAGAAGCCCUCCACGGAUGAACAGACAUCAUCAGCUGAAGAAGACGUACCUACAUGUGGCUACCUGAAUGUUCUCUCUAAUAACCGCUGGAGGGAGCGCUGGUGCCGCCUCAAGGACAACCAGCUGCUCCUUCACAAGGACCGGGAUGACCUGAAAAGCCACAUAGCUUCACUGCCCCUCCGAGGCUGUGAGGUCAGCCCCGGCCUCGAUCACAAACACCCCUUUGCCUUCCGCCUCCUUCGUAACAGCCAAGAAGUGGCCGUACUGGAGGCCUCCUCCUCUGAGGAGAUGGGUCGCUGGUUGGGGGUUUUGCUAGCUGAGACUGGAUCUACCACAGACCCAGCCACCUUGCACUAUGACUACAUUGAUGUUGAGACCACUGCUAACGUCAUCCAGCUUGCCAAACAGUCCUUCUGUUUCACCAGUAAGCGUGCCGUGUCUCCUAACCCAUAUCUGGACAACCCAGUCAGUGGCUAUGCCUGCCCCACUGGUAUGGCACUACACUAUGAUGAUGUGCCCAUAAAUGGAAUGGACCCAGAGAUGCAGUACUCCACUCCCAGCACAGGGGGGCGCCAGCGGAAAGAGGAAUUGCACUAUGAAAACACUGAGCUCUAUGAGAACAUGCCCUCACCCAAGCUAGUCACCAGCUGUCCUCCCAAGCCUUCUUCUUCUACUGCUGCAUCAUCUUCUGCUUGUCACUACAAAACUCCUGUUUCUAAAAUCUCCUCUAAGUUCCUCUCUGCUGAUUCUAAAACUAAAGACUCCGCUCAGCUAAAGGGAAAGAAGGGAGCAACAACCAAUGGGGUGGCAUCAAAACAGAAGGCAGAGCCAAAGAACCAGCCAAAGAAGAAUGGAGUCAUUGCCACAAAUGGGACUGCGUCUCUGAGGCGCAACAAUUCCAUCACCAGCAAUGCUGCGACGGACACACGAGUCUUCUCCAUUCUCCAGCUGUGACACCAGUGACACCGAGUCCUGCUCGCUGCCGGUCAACAGCGCCUCACUGCUCUACCGGCAGCAGGGCAGCCAGAAGCCCUCAGCAGUCCGGGGACAUGUCCUCAGGAAGGCUAAGGAAUGGGAACAGAAGACCGGCACAUAAACCCAUCACAUACACCCUUGCAUCAGUCUUCCUCCAAUCUCUUUUUUUGAAAUUGUGUAUAUAUUUAUUUAAAAAACAAAAAACAAAACCUGUUCAUACCGUCAGAAGGUGUGCUGAGGAGGAUACAUGCAUAGCAUUCACAUGCCUAGUUUGAGUAUACUGUAAGUACCACAACAUAAACUUUUAUACUAUUGAGCAUGUUCAGUGUACUUGGUUGUGCAACUUGUGUUUUCCGCUUUGACAUCUUUUCAAGCAAACACCUGUCUUUAUUUUUCCUCUCAAAAUGUGUUCCAGCCAUUUGAAGUUAAAAAGGUCCAAGGUCAAAACCAAGUAUUUAUUUGUAAAUGUUAAAGGAAAUACUAGCUUCCCUGUGUUUAUUUAUGUUGACGUAUUUAAAGUAUUUUCGUAGAGUCUGUGGCUUUGCUCACACUCCAUUUUCCCACAACAUAAUUGGUCAUCAGUCAUGAUGCCUCUGUUGUAGUAACGAUAAUUGUAACACACACCAGCCUGGCAACAAUGUAGCUCCUCUCUCAUUGAUGUUUGAAGAAGUACAAAUACAAUUGUCCCAACUGUCAGAAACACCGACUCAUGGCUAGCAGAAGAUUUUGUUAAUUGUGUUAAGUGUUUUCACACACAGAUCAUGAUGAAUCACACUUGAAGUGUGUUUUAAUAUGAAUGUCCAUAUUUUAUAUCUGUGACUUUAUUGCUAUGGGUAAUCCAAUGGUAAGUUUGUGUUGGUUUGGUAAGUUCCUUGUUUAUUCUGUUUGUUUCAGCUUUUCUUUUUGCAUUAAAACAACCAUGACUGAAUACAGACGUGUGGUCUGGACAACUUCCAAAGAGAUGUCUUUUUCUGCCAGUUUAGAGAAGUUUAUGAACAGAAAGCUGACCAUCUAACUGAAAGUAGAUUAGAUGCUGAGUCAAAUAUAAAUAUAACCUGUUAAAUUCACAUAUAAGAUUUUUUUUUUUUUUUUAAUAUAUGUGGUGAAAUAUGUGAACAUUGUUAAUAUAAAGAGUAGGCGGGGCAGAAAAGACAGGAAAGGUGUAACACUUAAAGAACAACAGGAUGCCUUACAGUUAGAUUAGAUUGUUAUAGCCAACCAUGUUACUAAGUGAAAUUAGUGUGCAUGGCAUGGGAAGCUCGCUCAUUCUGUGAAGGCACCAUUAAUGAUGUAAACAAGUUUAGGAACAACAUACAGUCAGGUGACAUUUUUUAAGAGUACCUGCCAGCAGUCCAGACUCUCACUCACUGGUGAAAGUUAAAAUUGAAAAUAUGACAAAUUAUACCAGUUUAUCAAGAAAGGCCAAACUGGUGACAGACCCAAAUAAAAUACAUAUUAUACAGCCUAUAUGUUUAUUAAAAUGUUUCUAAUUAAGGCCUCACUAAGAGCAUCAUCAUCCAUGCUUUGUAAUAGUUGUAUUGUUAAUGGAGAACUUGCGCUUCUUUCUGUGUGUGUGUGCUUGUGUUGCUCAGAGAUGUCUUCAUGGCACAUUGCAAAUCCUUCAACAUUACACUGACUAAAAGGGGGGCACUUGUAAACUCACACUGCUGUGUGUUCUGCUCAAUCAAAGACUGUGAGUUUGAUUUCCACACUGUUAAACACACAUACAUUCAUCAGUGUCACACUGAUAAUGGUGUUUCUUUUCUGUUGUUGUUGUUGUUUUUGGACGAUGUUUCACUGCCUAAGCUUUGCUACUAUGUAUAUAAGGCUAAUUUACUUUAUGGGGAGUGUUGACAGAUGUAGUGAAAGCAUGCACUCAGUUUGGAACUCAUUGAACACACAGACACUCACUGGUUCGUGGUGAUGUAAAUAUUUCCUGUCUCCUGCCUGCCGGAAUGAUAUCCCGAAGGUUUUACAAGCAUGUUAGCUUAAAGAUGGGACAAGAGAUGGUGGUCAGCAAGUGUUGACCUGCAACAAAAAAGGAUGUCUGAUGUCAGUAAAUGUGAACCUGCUGUACAUAGCUUGGUAAAUGUAGUACUGUAGAAGGGCGGGAGGGCUUUGAAUUUUUUUUCUUUUUCUUUUGCACCAUAUACAUUUUCUCUUGUUUUAUAUCACAGACAGUCUCCAACUCGGGGACAGGCACACUUGUACAUAAAUUAAUAAACCUCCGAACAAACCGGCCUCGGA